CUCAAAACCACCACUCUCACCAACAACUUCACUCAUCCUUUUUUACUCCCAAACCAACCCAACCGGCAAAAAUGCACUUCCCCACCGUCGCCGUCUUCGCCGCCCUCCUCUCGAGCUCUGCCCUCGCCGCUCCCGCCGCGAACGCCAACGACUGCACCUGGACCUUCUCGGUCAAUACCGGCUCCUCCAACACUCCCUGCACCUUCCACACCAAGUCGACCGGCUCGGCCCUGCCCAGCCGCGCCAACGGCGAGGCCCAGACCUGCGGCCCUUACACCGUCACCAGCAGCUGGUCCGGCCAGUUCGGCGAGGGCAACGGCUUCACCACCCUGGCCGUCGUCAACCGCUCCAGCAAGCAGAUUGUCUGGCCCGCCUACACCGACAAGCAGCUCGCCAAGGCUGUCGUUGUCAAGCCCAACCAGAGCUACCCCGUCCAGGCCCUCCCUUAAGCUCUUAGCCUUUUGGGACACAGCUUUCCGACACAGCAGCCUCCUGCUACCGUCGAGGAUUCAGUGAUAUAGGAGACCGCAUGCAUAGAGGAGGACGAACAUACGAACAGGAGCUAGUUUUGGGUUUUACGCGAGACGUCACAUCAGCAAGCACAACAUAUGCACAACAAUGUAAUACAUUAAUGUCAUUCCUUCAACAA